ACAUGUGAGCGCUCUGAGGACUUUUAGUGAGAGAGAACUUUUAUUUCUUAUAGGCCUGUGUGUGUGUGUGUGUGAGAGAGUGUGUGUGUGUUUUCUUUUUUUUUUUUUUUUUGGUGACUCCGUGCAUGCACAAACCGCCUUGCUGCGCUCAAAAGGAAUUACAUCUGAAAGGGACGUCACGGCUCUUUUGCAGUUCAUGGUGUUUUUGGGGGGUUUGACUUUUUGGUGUUCAUCAGGAUAAAUUGUAUUAUUGUUUUUUAAUAUUAUUAUUAUUAUUUCAAUUUCCAGAAGCAACAAUAAUUUAUUUUUAAAACAUAUUUCUUAACAGAAGUGAAUCAAAUUUAAAGACACCUGCUUUUGCAAACAGCAUAUUUGUCAUUUUCUUGAAGUAAUUACCUCCUAGGUGGAGAAAUAUAGCCCCCCAAUUUAAAAAAAAAUACAUACAUAUAAUGUAUUGAAGGUUUGACCCACUGUUUUUGAAUAGGAGGUGGUCCAUUUUGUCCUAUUUUCAUUUUUUUUUUUUUUUUUGUUAAUUUUUUUAUGACUUUUUUUAUUUUAAAACUAUGAAGCAUUUGCAAUUUGUGCUUGUCCUGGCCAUCGCGGUCAACGUGUGGGAAUGCGGAGACGCAAAAUUCGGCGAGAGGGGAGAAAUUAGCCCCAGGAGGAGAAGAUGUUACGACGGAAGCUUGCCCAAGCGGCUGAAGAAAAGGGAAAGAAAAGUGUUGCUUGACGGCAGCAGCAGCGGAGAAGUUUGCCACAGGUUGUAUCCACGUGUGUCCUGCUGUCCCACCAGGAGAGCCGCCUAUCAGAUCCUGCACCGCAGGGACGCCAGGAUUUUCUCCACCAAUAACACCGAAUGUGGACGUCUCCUGGAGGAGAUCAAGUGUGCUCGCUGCUCCCCCAAUGCCCAGGUGUUGUUCCACUCCUCGGACAUGGAUAAGAUGCCACACAGGGAGCCAGACCUGCCACGGCUCUGCCAGGACUUCUGCCGCGAGUUCUACUACACCUGCAGGGGGCACAUUCCAGAACUGUUUCAAGCUGAUGUGGACGAGUUUUGCCAGUACUACGGGAGGAGAGAUGCCAGUCCAUGCUUUCCAGAUUUUCAACGAAAGCAACCACAGGGGCAAGACUCCAACUACUUGGGAGAUAGAUUAGAAGAUAUCAGGAAACACAAACACAACUGCUACUGUGCCCAAGAGGUGUUGAGUGGUCUGAGGCAGCCAGUGGCUGUGGUGCACUGUGGGGAUGGAUCCCAGCGGCUCUUUGUCCUGGAGAGGGAGGGAAUUGUCAGGAUACUCACUCAUGAGCUCCAGCUGCUCAAGGAGCCCUUCCUGGACAUCCACAAGAUAGUACAAAGCGGCUUGAAGGGUGGAGAUGAAAGGGGCCUGCUAAGCCUGGCAUUCCACCCCAAUUACAAGAAGAAUGGCAAGCUCUACGUCUCCUACACCACCAACCAAGAGCGCUGGGCCAUCGGACCACACGACCACAUUCUCCGUGUGGUUGAAUACACCGUUUCAAGGAAAAACCCAAACCAGGUGGACACCAGGACGGUCCGAAUGUUAAUGGAAGUGGCAGAGCUGCAUAGGAAACACCUUGGUGGGCAACUUCUGUUCAGCCCUGAUGGCCUGUUGCAUAUUGUCCUGGGAGAUGGCAUGAUCACCCUGGAUGACAUGGAGGAGAUGGAUGGACUCAGUGAUUUCACAGGGUCCGUCCUAAGGGUUGAUGUGGACACGGACUGCUGCACAUCACCCUAUUCAAUACCAAGGAACAACCCAUAUUUCAACAGCACCAACCAGCCACCUGAAAUCUUUGCCCAUGGAUUACAUGACCCAGGCAGGUGUGCAGUGGAUCGACUUCAGACAGACAAUGGGAGUCUCACGAUCCUCUGUACAGAUGCCAGUGGCAAGAACUCAUCAGCAGGGAGAAUAUUGGAGAUUGCAAAGGGUAAAGAUUACGAAAAUGAACCUUCUGUCUAUGACCUGCAGUCCAGUGGAGGAGCACCACCUGUGGGGGGCUUUAUCUACAGGGGCUGCCAGUCUAGAAGACUUUAUGGCAGUUAUGUGUUUGGAGAUAAAAACGGUAACCUGCGGAUCCUGCAAAAGUCUUCAUUAUCAACAUCAGCAGCUGGUGAACAGUGGCUGGAGAAAGCUCUGUGUCUGGGCUCAACUGGUUCCUGUGGCUCUAUGCUUGUGGGACAAAUCUUGGGAUUCGGAGAAGAUGAACUGGGUGAAGUCUACAUACUGGCGAGCAGUAAAAGCAUGGUACAGUCACACAGUGGGAAGCUCUACAAGCUGGUGGAUCCCAAAAGGCCCCACGCCCCUAAGGAGUGCCAGCGUCAGGUGGAGCCUCCAGAGCUGCUGAUGACGGCUUGUUCCAGACACUGUAAGAACGGACACUGCACCCCUACUGGCAAGUGCUGCUGUAGUCCUGGCUGGGAGGGACCCUUCUGCAGAGUUGCCAAAUGUGACCCAGGCUGUCGCAACGGAGGAGUGUGUAUGGAGCCCAACAAGUGCCUGUGCAAGAGCGGCUACUCCGGCGCCCAGUGUGAGAAGAGUGAGCGGGGUAUGCCCAACGACCAGGAGAAAGACGGCAUACUGGACCACAUCAUUGACAUGACCUCGUACCUCCUAGACCUGACCAGCUAUAUCGUAUAGGGGUGCGCAGAGGGCGGCUGCUCCCUGCCGUCAUCCUCAAGUUGACACAAAUCUACCUACCACCACCAGCAGACUCUAAACGAGGUGUCCUUAAUAUGGCCUCUUAAUCUUCCUCACACCCAUACAGGCAUGUACACACAAACACACGCACACACAAAUACAAACAAGAUCCCCAUCGGACUGCUUUUCAUCCACAUCACCAUACCAAACUCUUCCUCUUUCGCCUAUAAGCUACUUGCUCCUGAGCACCAGGCCUGGCAUCCAAGCCGUGUUCACAUUUCAGAGAGACCUGCAGACGGCAGCGAGAGGAUUGACAAGCAUGGCCAAGUUACGGAAGUUCCACUAAGACAUUUCCUCUCUCGCUCAGAAAAAGGCCCAAAUGCGGCUGACUCCACAUGAAGAUCCCCCACUCCUGGUCAGCCAUAGAGGACACUCCAUAGGAACAGACCAUUUUAACCCAAGACUUUCAGAGGUUAUCUGUUGCCUUACUUAAGACCCCCACCCACCCACCCAUCCACAUUAAUGGAGUUUGAGGCAUUUCAGCUGAGACGGUUGAUUGUUCAGGGGUGAUCUAAAGGAUUCAAAAUUUAAGGAGUGGUUGACGAGCUCAAGAUCCAAUUUGUGCCCAUGGUCUUUUUCCAUUUCAAACCUACAUAAAGACUUUGAAGGAACCUCAGGCUCAGUUAUAAAACGCUGAGAGGUCUUUGAGAAUCGUAGGUCACAGAGAGCCUGCAGUGCUUUGUGCUAUACUAUCCGUAAGACGCAAAUACAACAGAGAUAAACCAUGUUGUUCCCCAUAUGAUGUUGUAUUUAGUUUGUGGGCACAUUGUCAUAAAAAGCUGUAACAGUAUACAGUAUGUAUACUUCAUUUUGCAACACUCACUUGGUAUCAAUGUACAGAAACAAUAGCAGACUGUUAUCGACACACAAAUCCGAAUAAUUAAGUGAGAACGUUUUACUGUCAAAGCCAGUUUCAUACAAUCUGAAUGGAGUUGUUGACUCCGAUGCACUGUAUUCCUUUUGUUUUUUCUCUUUCAUUCACUUUAUUAUUCAAAAUGAAUUUAAACAUGUAUUGAAACACAGUGAGAGUAGUUUCAUAUUCACACUCAAACACACACACACACAAAUGCCACACUAGCACAGGUAUGGUUUAACAAAUUCCUGUCAUUGCGUCACACACUGAAACUGAAGCCGAACUCAAAACUACAAAGGGAAGAGAAAGUGCGGUGAUGUAUAUUUCCAAUAGAGCUUACCUAAGUACUACUUAGCAUUGCAAAAAAAACUAUAGCAUUACUAUUGUUAUCAUAGAGGAGGGUUUAUUUUUUUAAGCGUAAUAAUAUAUGGGAGAGAAUGGUGUUUAUAGAAAGCAGUUUUACACUAAGCUUGUCAGUUCAUGUCAUUUCAUGUUCUUGUACUUAUACAUAUGCAGCUUUUGCCUCUGUUAAAAAGACACGAGAGGAAGUUUUUUGUUGUUUUUUUAAUCUACGUUUUUUUUCCCAGUGUAAAAGUAAAGCAUGUCUGUGCCUGCAUAAAGUAAUUCGAAGCAGUUGGCUGAGUCCAUCUAAUUCUUUUCCCUGGCGUGGUUUCAUUACUAUUGUCAGAAUCGUGUCUCUGUUUUGAAAUGAUCAAAGAUCCUGUCAGGCCACCAAGUCACUGUGGAAGCAGUUCACAGUCGAGAGGCAGAUCUUAUCUGUAGAGAGCAGAUUUAAGAUUAACCUGAGGACCUGUCUAAUGGAGAUAAAUUUAAAAAACAACAAAAAAACCUGAAGAUUUAAAGUUAAACUAAUGAGCAUCUGACUCUGAAACGUAGUCAGAGAAACAGUUAAACACAGACAGGGAUCGUCUGGAGCCACAUUAAUGUGUUGUGUCUUCUCAGAUGCCACACUGAAGUUCAUACAGACACAAUAUUCACUUCAACUAAUAACUUAUCUUAUUAAGAUCUCUACAUUAGUUCAAAUUCCAUUAAAUGAAUCUCGACAGAACCAUCAGUCACUGUGUUUUUGAAGGCAAACAAUUGCAGUUUUGCUUUCUCCCGACACUAAAAAACUGGUUUUCGUGUAUCAUGGUUAAUUGAAGUUUAGUGUCCCUCAAGAUGUUUUUGUUGUUCCCCGGCCUCGCUUGUGUUUGCUGAAAUAAAUCAACUCUACCUGGUCUAAAUGAGUCAAAAAGGAAUUCAUGCUGUAAAAUGGAAAAUUAUAAUUUUUUUAGCACUUAAUGUGAAAGUUGCAUUGUAGCUGCUGAGACGGCGUGGUGUGAAUAGAAUAACCAUUUUCAUUAUUUAAGUAGUUACACAAAUAAAAUAAUUAUUUAAGUUCUCUAUGUUGUUUUUACCAUUGUACUGUAUGUGACAUUUUUUUUAUUCCUGUAUUGUAAAUAAAACUAGGGAUAACUUUGUUUCUCUCCAGAAAUAUCAAUAUGUCUAUUAAAAUUUAUAGCAUGUCUGAAAUA